UUAUGGGCUUGGUUAGAUCUCACACUUUUCCUUUGUGUCCAACUACAAAAAUGCCACCUUUACAGUUAGGUCUGCCAAACCCCUCCCCCAUAAACCCAAGCUCAUCUCCUCACCAUGCUCGACCUUCCACAAUACCAAACACACCACGACCUCAAUGUCGUCGACAUCGACGAGAAGCUGAAGUCCACCAAUCUCUAUCACCAUCCUGUCCAAGUCAUUGAGCUCGUCGAAUGUACUGCCCCACCACGUCGCAUAGCUGAUUAUUCCUAUGCCUCCUCGUCGUAUACGUCCUCUGACGACGACGAAGAACUCGAAUGUUCUUCCUACUGCUCUUCCGAAGACCCGCUAGAAGCCACUUCGCCACACGUCUUAUGCGAUAAACAAGGGGUACCCCAAUUCUCUUCGGAUACAUAUUCCCUAAGAAUGAAGCGGAUACUUUCGUGGCGGAAGAACUUCUCGUCUCACUUGGGUUCCACGCUGUCCGAACCCUCCCUUUCAUCGUCACUGAAAAGGAAAAUAUCGUCGUAUUGUGGCGACGAUUACGGUGAAGAUGACGUGGUCUCACAGUCAUCUAAACGAUCCCGGUCACACUCUUCCGAAGGUAGUAGCUCAAGCUCACUGGGCUCUGUUUCGUGUCCAGCAUGCGACACCUUCUUUGAUGACCUGCAGAGUUUGCGUCAACACGGACGGGAAGCUCAGGCUGGUGCCAACGAAGCGUGCAUCACUGCUGUUGACUAUGCCUUUGAGUGAAAGAAGUGAAGUCGAAACUCGGGGAGCAGGGUUCCCCUUCCUUGACAGCUUCAUUUCACUAUCUUGUUCUCCCCACCACCCAUCCUGUCACGAUCAUGCCACGGCCUUGUCGCUCUUGCUUUAUGCCCCACGCCCCUCUGCCCCACACUCCGCUCCCUCUCAAGCCUGUCCAACAUUUCUCAUCGGCACAUCGCCACGCCACACACCUUGCAUCUCCCCCAUCCCUGUGUAUAUUAAUCAUCAUCGGUUUCGUUGCACUGUAUUCACAUAUCUCACAACCCACUUUCAAGUACAUAUUAGCCAACUUACUAACAUCAUCAAUCUUCAUAUCUUGAUUAGUUUUAUUCUAUAACUCCUAUGCUAUAAUAUCCCUUACAGCGAUCUAUACUUCGCGCGCGACAUGAACAUGUAUACAUCUCAUAGACUCGGCACGGGUACACGAGUUAAAUUCUAUCCUAUUCACCCGUUUUUCGCUUGGCA